CCACCGGUCCUAAGCAAGACUGGUUGGUCGUACCGGGGACCAAUACGUACUGAUAUCUACCAUCUUCAGGCCGGUACUGCUGUACUAGGAUGCUGAAAUCAAAUCACAGUAAAGAUGGUCAAGGCUAUUCAAAUUCAUGAACUUGGUGGACCUGAGGUAUUGAAAUGGGAAGAUGUCAAAAUAGGAGAGCCGAAGGAGGGUGAGAUUCGUGUGAAGAACAAGGCUAUUGGGAUUAAUUUCAUUGAUGUGUACUUCCGCAAAGGGCUUUAUUACAAGGCUGAUACAAUGCCCUUCAUCCCAGGUAUGGAGGCUUGUGGAGUUGUGACAGCCGUUGGACCUGGGCUAACAGGGAGGCAAGUUGGAGAUCUUGUCGCGUAUAUUGGUACACCGAUGGGCUCAUAUGCAGAAGAGCAGAUCCUUCCUGCAAACAAAGUUGUGCCUGUUCCUCCUUCCAUUGAUCCUAUUGUUGCAGCGUCCGUCAUGCUUAAGGGUAUGACAACUCAGGUUCUACUACGCCAAUGUUUCAAGGUUGAACCUGGACACACAGUCCUUGUUCAUGCAGCAGCUGGUGGAGUCGGAUCCCUUUUAUGCCAGUGGGCUAAUGCCCUUGGUGCCACUGUCAUUGGAACUGUAUCGACUAAAGAGAAGGCAGCUCAAGCCAAGGAAGAUGGCUGUCACCAUGUCAUAAUCUAUAAGGAAGAGGACUUUGUUGCUCGUGUGACUGAAAUAACAUCUGAUAAUAAUGGAGUUGAUGUUGUCUACGACUCUGUAGGCAAGGAUACCUUUCAGGGAUCAUUGGCUUGCUUGAAGACUCGAGGAUACAUGGUCAGUUUCGGGCAGGCAUCAGGUAGACCUGACCCUAUUCCAUUGUCAGCUCUUGCCGCAAAGUCACUCUUCUUGACAAGGCCUGCCCUUUUCCAGUACACUGCAACUCGAGACAAAUUGCUAGAGGCUGCAGGAGAGGUAUUUGCUAAUGUUGCAUCAGGUGUGUUGCGGGUUCGAGUAAAUCACAAGUACUCAUUGUCUCAUGCAGCACAAGCACAUGCAGACUUGGAGAAUAGGAGAACAUCUGGUUCAGCUGUUCUUAUUCCUUAAAUCUUUCGUCUCAAGACUUUCAAGUACCGUUCUUUCUGAAAAAUAACAUGAGUUGGUAUGCUCACUUUAGUCCCCAUUUGGUAUGUAUAGAAAGAAAUGUGGUCUGGUUCUCCCCAACUGUAGUCAUAGAGAGACAUGUUAUGAAAGCAGAAGUAAUUGUACUUUUUCAA